UAUGAAUUUUGGUGCGGUGAGAGGGGGGACUGACUGACAGCAUCAAGGGCGGCAUCGUCUCCUGAAGAAGGGCGGUGGUGGAAAAAAGUGGCAUGGCCGUGAUCCAUCUGCCACGCCGUUCGAGCCAGGAUCAUCACUUGUCCCCCCCUUAGCCAUUCCUUGGCACUCAUACGCAGCCCUCGACGACUGCUCUUUCAGCCACUUUCUGCAUGCCUGCUCGGUGGUUCCUGUCAACCGCACAGGUCAUGCCGCGCGGUGGUGAGUGAAGGGUGGUGGGGGCAAAGCCUCGACGGCGGGUAGGAGGGUCAGACAUAUACGCCACGCCUGGCGGAUGUGGCCCCCCCGGCAUGAUGGGAGACGUCUCUUAUGUUUCCUCUCACUUUUCACUAUCAUUCUCACUCUCAAUCACACUCUCACUCUAACUCUCACUCUCACUCUCACUCUCCCCCUCGCUCUCAUUUCCACUCCCACUUCAACUAUCUCCUUCUCCUGAGAAGCUUUCUUUGUCGUUCCCGAUACACCACUACAUCAGGUGUUCAGCCCUCCCGACAUUUUCGUUUUCCAUGUUUCAUCGUCUCCACAGACAGGGGCCCCGGUCGAUCUCAUUCGAACCCCCCCCUCCCUCCCCUUGCAACCCCGACCCCUGGGCUGUCUAGUGCAGUGCAGUGCAGAAGAGAGACUCGAUUCUGGAUCUGGGAGAUGGGAUGCGCAUCUGUCCUCGAGCUUACACUAGUUGGAAGGGGAAAGGGGGGUGUGGAUUUUUCCGGGUUUCUUCUUUCAGGCAUCGUCGUCCUCCUCCCCAUCUAGAUGUACUCAGAUCGAAGAACAGGAGCAGUCACGCAGGCCCUGUUUACCGUCUCGCUGGGCCGCCGGGGAGGGUGCCCAUUGGCUGUCCCUCCCCGGCGAGUAAGCGUCGAUAAGAGUCCAUCUAUCUGUCUGUCCCCCAAUUCCAGUCUGAUUCCAUCGUCAUGGGAAAGGAAGGCCGGUUAGUACAGAUGCUAUCUCAUUCAAGGUCUGAUGGGACAAGGUCCAGCACCCUCAACCACGCAUGGUCAUGUUUUACCAUCUCGCCCCAAGGCUAGCCAGAUGUCGGUCCAAUGACAGGUGAUCCGGCAGUCGAGAGAGCUCUUUUCCUCUCACUCGGCUUAUGGUUGCGGCGAGGAAUGGAUCUUCCUUGGGGAUCUUCCUUGGGUUCCUGUUCUGUGUCUGUCUGUCCAUCUGUCUGUCUGCCCGUCUCUAUGUGCCGUCUCUCACUCACUAACUCUCUCUCUUGUUCUUUCUCUCUCUCACUUGGUCUCACUCCCUCCGCGCCCCUCCCCCGGCCCCCCCUCGCAUGUGCCUCGCCCACGGUACUUGUCUCCCCUGUCGAGAGAAAAGCAUUGAUUGCAAACUUGUCUUAAUGUUCAGGGAUCGAGCCCACUUUCCUGUCGGAUAGGGAUCCAGACCUAUUUGACGACACGCCUCCCCCCCCCCCCCCCCCCCCCCCCCCCCUUCUCACCCCCGACAUACCUACUCUUUGGAAUUCCCUCGCAAAUUUGCUUCUUGUUUUUUGUUCCUGUCUCUUUUGUGCAAACGCCGAACCAUGGCAGUAACAAUGUCUGACGGUCCGAUCCGGAAGGCCUGCGACCGUUGCCACAGGCAAAAGCUCAGCUGUAAACGCGUCGCCGACGAGGCAUGCGAGAGGUGUAUUCGGCUCAAGGAGGAGUGCACCUCGAGCCCGUCCCUGCGUUAUCGGAAGCAACACCUACAGCAACAGCACCAGCAUCAGCACCAGCAUCAACAUCAGCACCAGUACCACGGUUCGAAUACGUCUCGAGACCAUGUACGGAGACAAGCUGUUCCGUCACCCAAGCGGCAACGGACCGACGGCGGGAGCCCUUUCGUACACCACGCCGACCUAUCUAUUGUCAAGACCCAGUCUGUCGGGUCCAUCUGUGAUAACGCAGCAUUCGAGGACAAUGCCGUCGUUUCACCUGAUGCCAUGUUGGAUAUGGUCGACUUCGACUUUGGCUUCGGCCACUCUGCAGCCCUCUAUCAACCGGGGCCGAGCCAGGGACAUCAGCAGCACCAGCACCAGCACCAGCACCAACUUCAGCACCAGCAGCCAGUGCCCCAGACCUUCACCGGCAACAUGGAUGGCUUGAUGACGGACCACGGAGAGGCCAUCGUCCACUCGUGGAGUCCUGUCCACUCCGUCACCUCGGAUUCUGCAUUCACAUCCCCCAUGGCCCCGGAAAUAGGCCAGGUCGGCUCUGGAAUCUACCCCAGAAGCCCUUCGUCACGCAGGCAUAUACCCAAACCGACCAAGCCACAUGGCUCGACGCCCCCACAACGCAAGUCCAAGAAACGGAUCACGAGGCACAGAGCACGGCAGAUCACGCUGCGGCCGUACGCUGGCGGGCAGGGCUCGUCUCCGGAAGGGUGGAUGGCUCGCAUCACCGAAGUCAACUCGCGGCUCCUGCAGCUCUCGUCGGAUCUGCCCUUCCAGGCGGAGUCUCAGUCUCAGUCUCAGUCGCCCGAAGAGCCCGGUCGAUCCAGCAGCAGCAUGGUGUCGACGCCCGAAGACGACGAAGACGGAGGCGGCCCCUCGUUAUGCACUACGACGACGACGCCUUUCCCCAUCGACGACAUGUUCCAGCUCUCGCGUCACUUUGCCGACCUCCUUGCGGAGAUGUCCCCGCCGGUGACGGAGGCGGUGGGCUCUCCCGCAAGCGAUGACGGGGCCUCGCAGCAGCUCGCUAGACGACUCAACUCCAUGUCGGAUCCGGCGACCUGUCUCUUGGUGCUGUCGACGUACGUCCGGCUCCUGGACAUGUACCAGAAGGUCUUCCGCUGCAUUCACUCGGAGCUAGGCCAGCUGGGGCAACUGAGCACGGCCACGACGAUGACGACGACGACGACGACGACAACGACAAGGAACCCUCUGUUUCAGUCAUGGAAGCUUCCCGGCGUUACUGUGGGUUCCUUCACAGUAGACUCGACGCCGUCGCUGCAGAUGUCUCUGACGAUCCAGCUGGCCGAGGAGUUUCUGUUACAGAUGCGGCGGGCGGCUGCGUCUCUCGAUCCAGCUCUGCGAGCGGACGGGAGCGGCGGCCCGCCGGCCUCCUCGGGCAAGGCGGCGGUGUUGGACGCGGCGGCCUCGAUGUUCUCGGGGGUGGUGGAUGUCUCAUUCCAAGCCCUGAAGAGGCAAGAAGAGAGCCUGGGCAGGGAGCUAAGGGAUCUACGCAAGGCGAUGGAGGUCUUCCUCGACGGAUGAGGACGGGCGGCGAGGGUGGGCUCCAUGUGUCAUGUGUCAUGUAGCUCAAGCUCAAGCUCCAAGCUGCAAGCUGUUGUCUCUUACUUGACAGGUUUCUAUCUAUGUGCCUAGCGGCAAAGUGAACGACGGAUGGAGGCGGUUUGGUGUAGGGAACGGAAUUUUCUGGAGUUAAGGAUGGAGCCAGCCAUAUUUCGAGACUCGGAGAUUUAGAGACUCAAAGACUCAAGACACACGAGGAAGUUUCUGAAGCAGUCUCGAAGCCCAAGGGAAGUAAGCGAGACAAAGAGGACGUCUUUCAUGUGCAAGUACCCCUCCUCCUCCCCAUCCCCCAUACUACCGAACUGUAAUAUUCUUAUCCGAUACUCUAUCCACGAGGCAAAUGAUAC